AUGACUCAGAGUCCAGAAUUCUUCAGAGACCUCAGGGACUGGGGCAGGAAGAGCAAGAGAGGCCAGGAGGCAGCCAAACACGCAUCAAGUAUAAAUAACGUGACUGAGUUAAGUAUCACCAGUCUUUUUCAGGAUCCAGAGGUGCAGAGAGUUUGCUUUGCAGUGUCUCUUGCCAUGUACCUGGGUACGGUGGUGGGCAAUGGCCUCCUUGUUCCGAUGGUCAACAUUAGUAAGAGUUGGCGUCCCCAUGUGCUUCUUCCUCAGCUGGUGGAGAUCAGUUACUCCUCUACUGUUAUCCCUAAAUUCAUCACAGGCUUAGUAUUUGCCAAGAUUACAGCCAUCUCGCGGGAGGUCUGUGUGGCUCAGAUCUUCUUCCACUUUGUAGUUACUGAGCAAUUCCUGCUCAUGGUAAUGGCCUAUGAGCGCUACGUGGCCAUCUGCAAACCCCUUCACUAUACAACCAUCAUGAGUUGGCCUGUGUGUCAUCUUCUGCUGCUGGUGCAUGGCUGGGAGCAUAUUUACUCCACAGUCCACAUCACUGUCAUGGUUCAGUUGCCCUCUUGUGCUCCCGAUGUGAUUGACCAAGGUCUCUGUGCUUGCAUCCCUUAUUCAGGCUUGCCCUGUGACACCUCUGUGGAGGGGGUUAUGUGUUGGCUGUCCUUGUUCUUGGUGUCCUCCUAUAUCAUCAUCUUGGUCCACUUGAGGAACCACUUUGCAGAGGGGAGGUGCAAAGCCCUCUCUACCUGUGCCUCUCACAUCACAGUCGUCGUCUUCUGCUUUGGACCCACUGUCUUCCUCUACGCGCGGCCCUCGUCCACCUUCACUGAGGACAAACCGGAGGCUGUGUUCUACACGGGUGUCACCCCCAUGUUGACCCCCAGCAUCUACACCCUCAGAAAUGCAGGGGUGAAAAAUGCCACAGGGAAGUUGUGGAGGAAGGAAGGAGCAGGCUGUGAGCUGACAAGGGCCUUGCAGCUGCAAGGUCAUUCCAAUGGGAAGCCUCGCCUCAGCAUCUUCCCAGAAAGUACAAGAUACUUGAUCGAUCGCUGGAAGUUUCGAGAUUACCCCGCCUCUCCCAGCGCAGGGGGAGCUCUCUCAGGUCUUACACCAUGCAGUGGAGAGGUAUGA